AUGUUUAUUUUCUGCUUCGUUUUAGCAUUAUCGUUAUGCCAUAUAACAUUAUGCAUAACUGCUCCAAUAGAUACUGUUAUAAUCCAGGUCCAGGUGAGUGCUCAGCCUCUCAUGCAACAAGUGUUUCUCAACGGUUUGGCAUUCACAAGUUUGAGCCAGGAAAUUAACAACAUCGUUCAGAGUUUAGCAGAUGCAAUCCUUCCUAUUGGUGUCAACCAGACAGCAGAACUAAGAAACCACACAGUGCUCCGAUCACGUUCCUGCAUUCUGGAGGGCUCUGAGCUGCACUGGACUGACCGAGUGUUUUAUGAUGGGGAAGUUCAUCUGAGCCUGGAGUCCUCUGACACUUGGACAGCUCAUGUGCCACAAGCACUUCACCUGAAGGCCAAAUGGGAUCAGGAAGUUGAUCGAACUAAAGUGGAGAGAGUGCGUCUACAGGAGGGAUGCAUCCAGCUCAUUAAAGAAUUAAAGUUUACUCAAGAGGAACAAGUUCCACACAUUCCUCUUCCUCAAGUCCUGAUCCCUAUUUUGGCAGUUGUGGCUUUUACGGGUCUAUUCGUAAUAAGCCUUUGUCUCUCCAAAAACGUUGGACUGAGGCACCCCGGAGGUGUUAUUGGAUCAGUUAUACAUUAUCCAAAAGACAUACCGGAUGAAACUUCAAAAGGAUUUGACUACCAAACUAUUUAA